AUGGGAGGAGGGACGUACCAAGGCCAGUUCACCAACGGCAUGCGCCACGGCUAUGGCGUGCGCCAGAGCGUGCCCUACGGGAUGGCCGUGGUGGUGCGCUCGCCGCUGCGCACGUCGCUCUCGUCCCUGCGCAGCGAGCACAGCAACGGCACGGUGGCCCCCGACUCUCCCACCUCGCCGGCCUCCGACGGCCCGACGCUGCCCUCGCCCGCCAUCCCGCGCGGCUCGCGCGCGUCCCUGGGCAGCCAGCGCAGCCGCGUCAGCUUCCUCAAGAGCGACCUCAGCUCGGGCGCCAGCGACGCCGCCUCCACCGCCAGCCUGGGCGAGGGCGCCGACGAGGCCGCGCCCUUCGAGGCGGACAUCGACGCCACCACCACCGAGACCUACAUGGGCGAAUGGAAGAACGACAAGCGCUCGGGCUUCGGCGUGAGCGAGCGCUCCAGCGGCCUCCGCUACGAGGGCGAGUGGCUGGACAACCUGCGCCACGGCUACGGCUGCACCACGCUGCCCGACGGCCACCGCGAGGAGGGCAAGUACCGCCACAACGUGCUGGUCAAGGGCACCAAGCGCCGCGUGCUGCAGCUCAAGAGCAGCAAGGUGCGCCAGAAGGUGGAGCUCAGCGUGGAGGGCGCCCAGCGCGCUGCCGCAAUAGCGCGCCAGAAGGCCGAGAUCGCCGCCUCCAGGACAAGCCACGCCAGGGCCAAAGCUGAGGCAGCAGAACAGGCCGCCUUGGCCGCCAACCAGGAGUCCAACAUUGCCCGCACUCUGGCCAGGGAGCUGGCUCCAGACUUCUACCAGCCAGGUCCGGAAUAUCAGAAGCGCCGGCUGCUGCAGGAGAUCCUGGAGAACUCGGAGAGCCUGCUGGAGCCCCGCGACCGGGGUGCCGGCGCCGCGGGCCUGCCGGAGCGGCCCCGCGAGAGCCCCCAGCUGCAUGAGCGCGAGACCCCGUACCGCGGCUACCACAGCUACGCCGUGCGCACCGCGCCGCCCCAGCCGCCGCCCUUCGAAGACGAGCCCGAGCCCGAGCCUGAGGUCUCGGGUUCCGAGUCCGCGCCCCCGACCCCGGCCACCGCCCCGAUGCAGCCCCCCACGCUCCGAGGCCCUGAGCCUGCGCCCGAGACCCUCGCCAAGCUGGAGCCCAAGCCCAUUGUCCCCAAAGCCGAGCCCAAGGCCAAGGCCCGCAAGACUGAGGCCCGAGGGCUGUCCAAGGCCGGGACCAAGAAGAAGGCCCGGAAGGAGGCAGCGCUGGCGGCGGAGGCAGAGGUGGAGGUGGAAGAGGUCCCCAACACUGUCCUCAUCUGCAUGGUGAUCCUGCUUAACAUCGGCCUGGCCAUCCUCUUCGUUCACCUCUUGACCUGA